AGGAUCUCCCCUCUCGCUCCAAUCUCCAAUUGUACUCGAUGCUAAUAACGCUUCAGAGUAAAUUUAUUCUUUUUAAGUUCCGCCGUAGGGACCCAGUGAUGACAGGGUACCAGAUCCGGGAACCCCUGUGUCCUCCCCCAGUGCGGGCCCGGGCCUAUGCUACCGCAGGCACUCUCUACCCAAGUAACCUCGCUGUCAAUCCUCCCCUCCUCCUUCGGCAUCUGCUCUGCAUUAGUCUGUCCCAGGCCUCCGCAGGCGCCGAUGAUUAAAUCAUCAUCAUUAACCAGGGCCUAUUCUCCCCAUCCACGGCAGCAGGGAGAGAGUGGGGAGUGAGAUCGCCCGGUUCCCCGGGGGGUCUCUCCCUCCCCACCCGCCCAGGGCACCCUCUCCCAGACUUCGCGAGCCCGGAAAAACUCCCGCGGCGGAGACGGGAGAAGGCCCGCGGUUCGGACGCAGCUCUGCAACGCGGACGCCGCAGCGGAGCAGGGCUGCCCUUCAUAGUGAGGACCCGAGUCUGAGGCGAGGUCGGGUCCCACGCUCCGGAGCUGGAGCGGCCUGCGAUAGCCCGACCUCGGGGUCCCAGGGCACGGGCUAUCUAUCACAAGCUCCCGAAGCUGAUCCAGACGUUGUGUGAUCGCCGUUGGAAGAACGCCCGUGGGAGCCUGCACAGCAGAGACCCUGCUUCACGUCUCCCCCCCUCCAACCCCCCGACUCCAAACGACCACCGAGUGCUGGGGGGUGGGGGGGCAGCGGGCUCAGGGGGGCCAGAUUGCGAUCGCGAUGAGGCUUCGGAACCAGCUCCAGUCAGUGUACAAGAUGGACCCACUACGGAACGAGGAGGAGGUCCGGGUGAAGAUCAAAGACCUGAAUGAACACAUCGUUUGCUGCCUAUGCGCGGGCUACUUCGUGGAUGCCACCACCAUCACAGAGUGUCUCCACACCUUCUGCAAAAGCUGUAUCGUGAAGUACCUGCAAACCAGCAAGUACUGCCCCAUGUGCAACAUCAAGAUCCACGAGACACAGCCGCUGCUCAAUCUCAAACUGGAUCGGGUCAUGCAGGACAUCGUGUAUAAACUAGUACCAGGCUUGCAAGACAGUGAAGAGAAACGGAUUCGGGAAUUCUAUCAGUCCCGAGGCUUGGACAGAGUCUCCCAACCCAGUGGUGAAGAGCCAUCCCUGAGCAACCUUGGCCUCCCUCUCAGCAGUUUUGACCACUCGAAAGCCCACUAUUAUCGAUAUGAUGAACAGCUGAGCCUGUGCCUGGAGCGGCUGAGCUCUGGCAAAGACAAGAAUAAAAAUGUCCUUCAGAACAAGUAUGUUCGAUGUUCUGUUAGAGCCGAGGUCCGCCAUCUCCGAAGGGUUCUGUGUCACCGACUAAUGUUAAAUCCACAACAUGUCCAGCUCCUUUUUGACAAUGAGGUUCUCCCGGAUCACAUGACCAUGAAGCAGCUAUGGCUGUCCCGCUGGUUCGGCAAGCCAUCUCCUUUGCUUCUACAAUACAGUGUGAAAGAGAAGAGGAGGUAGGGGCCAGGCUUGCUUCCACCCCCUCCCACCCCUCCCCAGAUAUUUAUGUGAAAUUAACUGUGGCUUUAUUUUUUGAAAUAAAUGCUUUUAAAAAGCA